AUUUGAUCAAUGGCUUGGGGAUACGGUUCUGUAGUGGAUCCUCUGUCAGUUGUACACGUCACCAAAUCAAUGCGUCUGCUUUGAGAUGCCGGGCCAGCCAUCCGAUCUAUCCCUUUUCUAUGUCUUGUAGUCAUGGCAACUGUGCAGCAUGUGUUCAUGAAAACAAGAGGCCAGUCAUUCUUCAAAAUGCGGAGUCUUGCUACACAGUGAUCGGGGACGCCAUCUUACAUUGAUCAAUUGGCGGCUGGUUAUCAUGAGCGGAAUUAAGUUGCCAACCGACGCGUCCGUCGCCGAAACCGGUCAUAGCACUGUAACUUCACGGGAGCGCAAGCCAACUGGCGGGGUGCUGAAGCGCCUGAGGUCCAGGCGCAGCCAGGUAGACUCUAGGCCAGUCACUGAAGACGAGCUCCGGGAACAGGGUCGGAACAUCACUUCUGAGGAAGUGCUUGGUCUUCGCGCUGCCACGCGAGAUUAUCUGUGUAAACCAGAGGACAACAUCUACAACAUCGACUUCACACGCUUCAAGAUCAGAGACCUGGACACUGGCACUGUGCUGUUUGAGAUUGCUAAACCGCCUCACGCUGUGGAGGAUGAGGAAGAUAGGGAGGCAGAUUCCUGCGCUGGACGUUAUGUGCGCUACCAGUUCACCCCUACUUUCCUGAAGUUGAAAACAGUGGGAGCCACAGUGGAGUUCACGGUGGGCCCACAGCCCCUCAACAGCUUCCGCAUGAUCGAGAGGCACUACUUCCAGGAGCACCUCCUCAAGAGCUUCGACUUCGAUUUCGGCUUCUGCAUCCCGAACAGCCGCAACACGUGCGAGCACAUCUACGAGUUCCCGCAGCUGUCCGACGGCAUGAUUCGCCAGAUGGUGGAUCAUCCAUAUGAGACACGUUCUGACAGCUUCUAUUUCGUGGACAACAUACUGGUCAUGCACAACAAGGCUGACUAUGCUUACAAUGGAGGGCAAUGAGGUGAGAGUAAGAAAGGGAGAGACAGAGAGGGAGAGAGAGAGAGGGAGAGAGAGAGAGGGGGAG